CAGCCUCCAACAAAAACUCUUUUCUCUCGAAAGAAAAAGUGAUAAGUCUCACAAAUUUGUUAUGGCUUCAAAGAGGAUUCAGAAGGAAUUGAAGGACUUGAAGAAAGACCCCCCUGCUUCCUGCAGUGCAGGACCUGUAGGUCAGGAUAUGUUCCAUUGGCAAGCUACCAUAAUGGGUCCAUCUGACAGUCCGUUUUCUGGGGGUGUUUUCCUUGCAUCUAUCCAUUUCCCUCCAGAUUAUCCAUUCAAGCCCCCAAAGGUCUCUUUCAAAACCAAGGUUUUCCACCCAAACAUCAACAAUAAUGGUAGUAUUUGUCUUGAUAUCCUAAAGGAACAAUGGAGCCCUGCUCUUACUGUAUCCAAGGUGCUGCUUUCUAUUUGCUCUUUGCUUACUGAUCCCAAUCCAGAUGAUCCUUUAGUGCCAGAGAUUGCUCACAUGUACAAGACAGAUAGACCGAAGUAUGAGAGUACUGCCAGAUCAUGGACCCAGAAAUACGCAAUGGGUUGAACACAUCUGUUUCUACUUUCAUGAAUAUCAUCGAACCUUUAUUCUAUAGUAGUAAAUAAACUUAGGCAUGGUGCACAAUUUAUAGAAAAAAAA